UACGUACUCGACACACGCCUCGGAAUCAUUCGUAUAAUCAGUACUGUGUUCUCCUUUCCGCACUUCCGCAUAUUCCAACCAGAGAUAGCUACUGUACUCUGCCAGUUGCAUGUUCUCUUUGGCAAUAGCCACGCCCACGAUUUAUUUUCGAUUUCGGCAUGGAUAGGAUAUAAUAUUUUUUAUUAUAACUCAUAACGACAACGUUAUCUAUUUUUUUGGACUCGAAAUCUCAGAAGCCUGGCAUCGCUGCCCACAGCUGUCCCCAGCUGCUCUUGUGUUUGUGUUGAAGUGGCCAGCGUGCGUCAGCGUGCCAUGGGAGGCUUUCAGAUCCGGAGGUACCGGGACGAGGAUGACGAGGCGGUGAAGGAGAUCUUCGCCCAGGGCAUGAUGGAGCUCGUGCCCGCCUGCUUCAUGCACAUGAUGAAGCAGCCCCUAAUCCAGAUGGUGCUCAUGUGCAUCUUCUGCGCCCUGCUAGCCAGCUCCAGGUCCCUCCUCCUGCCUGUGCUGGCGCUCACCCUGGUGCUGGCAGGACUCCGGCAGCUAGCCAACUACAUGUUCAGCAGCUACGUCGAGACCUGUCUGAAGGAGGACCUGGCCUCCAUACGGGAGUUCUACAUGAACAAGAGGGACUCUUGCUUCUGGGUGGCGGAGAGCGAGGGCCAGGUGGUGGCCACCGUGGCCUGCCUGCCCUGCGAGAGGCAGCCCGAGUGCCUGGAGCUAAAGCGCAUGUCUGUCCGGAGGACCCACCGGGGCCUGGGCUUGGGCAAGGCGCUCUGCCGGACAUUGGCGGACUUCACACGGGAGAGGGGCUACCCGGCGGUCAUGCUAACCACUUCUUGUAUUCAGACGGAUGCUCGGAAACUGUACGAGCACAUGGGCUACACCAUGAUUCUCGUUCAGAGACUAGAAGGCAGGCUCAUAAACUUCAAUCUCGUGGAGUACAGAUUAGAGGUGCAGGAGGGGAAAGUCAGAUAAAAGGAAUCUGGCAGGGCUACUGAUUAACCAUAACCACGAAUGUCUUAUUUGGAAAGGGUGGCAUCAUUCUUUCCUCAGCAUGAGUCUCAUCAUUAUUAGCGUGGGGCAAAAUGUAUCUGUCGGUGCAUCAGACCAGCAAAAAAAAGGAGAUAUGUAGAAUUUUUUUAAUUAAUUAAUUUUUUUACUUAAGGUGACUAGCUCCUGGGAUAAAUUGAUAUGAAAUUCCUAGAUAUUAGUUUUUCAAUAGUAAUUCAAUUGAAAUAAGUCAAUAAAAAUAACAAAUCAAGAUAUUUAAAUAGAUAUACUUUUACCUUUUCAUUCAAGAAUUUAGAAAUUGGUAUUGGUAUUUUGUAUUAUCUUUGGAAAUUACUGAGCAAUGAGCACAAAAAAAUUAGCAAAUGUGAUUACUUAUUAUACCACAUUGAAAAUGAAUUGUUGAAGAUACAGUGCUUUCAGAUAGUUUUCAGACCACUUUGCUUUUUGUGUUGCAGAUUUAAUUUUAAAUGGUUAAAAUUGCCAUUUUGCCAAUCAGCCUACACACAAUAAUGACAAAGUGAAAGUUUUUAUUUUUUAUAUAUCUCAUAAGUAUUCAGACCCUUUCAUGUGGGUCUCCUUGAGAUGUGUUUCAAACUUCAUUGUGUGCCUGAACUCCAAGCACUAUGUCUGGUGAACACCAGUUUGACAGUUCCUACCUCAUAUUUUUACCUUGGAUUCUAACACUUGAAAGCCAGAUGCCUUUUAAUACGUAUAUUCUACUGAUAGGACCACAGCUUCUAUGGCAGGGGUGGCCACCCCUGGUCCAGGAGAGCGGCAGGGUGUGCUGGCUUUUGCUUUCACCAAAAAAAAAACAGCAAAAACAUUCAGACCCAAGAACCAGGUGAGGUGAAGCAACUGCGUAAACUGCGUUGUAAUUGAUCAAUUAACUGAAUAACAACAAAACCCCUGUUCUAUGUUAUUGUCUAGUUUUGGACAUUUCUGUAUACUGUAUCUGAGUACAAUGAAGUGUUACUCCUUUUACAGUUGUGUUGGUAACAGUUUUUUCUGGUAAUCAUAUAAUUGGUAGUAACACUCCUGUGUAUAUUGCGUUCAUGUAGUGGCAUUGUAAGUAUAUAUGAGGUUGUACUAAGUGUGCGCAGUAUCCUUUGCUGUCAGGGGUGUUCAGAGCCAGAAAUCUAUCUGUAAUUGUUUAGUUUUGCUGGAUUUAGUGAACUGCUAGUCACAAAAGUUAGUUUUCACGCUCAAAAUACCAGUUUCACUUAAUCUCCCGUCUUCCUUUUAUUAAUGUGUACAAUAAUUGAAAACUGUCUUUUGCUUGAUUUCCCCCUUGUACAUCUUAAAUAAAGAUUUACUGUUGAAUGUA